UUGUGUGUGUGUGUGAGAGAGAGAGAGAGAGAGACAUAGGGGUAAGAGAAAAAGAAAAGAAAGGAUCUUGAGAUGGAGUGCGUAUUCGGAUUGGUGGGCAACGAUUUCGCGAUAGUGGUGGCUGACACGUCGGCGGUGCACAGCAUCCUCGUUCACAAGUCCAACGAAGACAAGAUCAUGCUUCUUGAUUCUCACAAGCUCAUCGCCGCAAGCGGUGAACCCGGAGACAGGGUUCAAUUUACGGAGUACAUACAGAAGAACGUGGCACUUUAUCAGUUCCGAAAUGGGAUCCCUUUGACCACUGCUGCUGCCGCCAAUUUCACUCGUGGCGAGCUUGCCACUGCUUUGCGCAAGAACCCGUACUCUGUGAACAUCCUUCUUGCUGGUUACGACAAAGAGACCGGCCCUUCACUCUACUAUAUUGAUUACAUUGCAACACUUCACAAGCUUGAGAAGGGAGCUUUUGGUUACGGCUCCUAUUUUUCACUGUCAAUGAUGGACAGACACUACCACAGUGGAAUGUCUGUGGAAGAAGCAAUUGAUCUGGUAGAUAAGUGCAUUAUGGAAAUCAGAUCGAGGUUGGUUGUGGCACCACCAAACUUCGUUAUCAAAAUUGUUGACAAGGAAGGGGCAAGACUGUAUGCAUGGCGUGAAUCGGUCAAGGAUACUUCUGUUCCUGCAUCUUGAGUUAACCCUUGUUUAGGUUUUCUGCUGGACUUCUUUCGGUUUGGCUUACUGUCUUCUCUCUUUCUACUGCUUUUUUUUCACUUCCUCUUAAUCGGUAGUGUGAUAACUCUGAAAUCUUGGUCUCUGAAUUCUCAUUAGUAGACAUUUUGUCGUUUAAUUUAAUAUGUAUGCCAGUUCUAAUCACGAAAUGACAUUGUGAUAAUGUAUGAAGUAGGCUUGAUUUUAAUAUAA